GAAAGCCUUGCACACACUAUAAAAGCACCUAUUUUCUUUUCUGAAUUCACAAGGACACCAUAUUUUUACUCCUUGAUCGAAGCCAUCCUUGCGCCUAAGAUAGCUGACCAGCAGCUCAACUCGAGACAGAGAGGGCGGACCAGUACGGCCGAUGUCUAGUUCGGUGACUGAAACUUCCGGCGAAGGUAAUGCAGCUUUGCUCAAUUUCAGACUGACUGAGUCCACCUUCCUUGCUUCUCAAAUGCCGAAAAAGGAAAUCGCUGCCGACCGUUUCAUUGAAGCACACCCUCACUUCGACGGCCGUGGCGUUGUCAUAGCAAUUUUCGAUUCUGGAGUUGAUCCAGCUGCAGCUGGUUUACAUGUGACAUCUGAUGGGAAACCAAAAGUUCUCGAUGUUUUAGAUUGUACUGGAAGCGGAGAUGUUGAUACAUCCACUGUAGUGAAGGCUGAUGCCUGUGGCCGCAUUCAAGGAGCCUCUGGGGCAUCGCUGACUGUGAACUCUUCGUGGAAGAAUCCAUCUGGAAAGUGGCAUGUGGGUUGCAAAAUGGUAUUUGAGCUAUUUACUGAUGGUCUAACUUCUCGAGUGAAGAAAGAAAGAAGAAAAAAGUGGGAUGAGAAAAAUCAAGAAGCUAUUGCUGAGGCUGUAAAGCAGCUUGAUGAUUUUGAUAAGAAACAUGCAAAAUCUGAGGAUGGAAACUUGAAAAGGGUUCGUGCAGACCUGCAGAAUAAAAUCGAACUUCUGCGCAAACAACCUGAUAGCUAUGAAGAUAAAGGCCCUGUGAUUGAUGCUGUUGUAUGGCAUGAUGGAGAAGUAUGGAGGGCUGCUCUUGACACACAGGGUCUUCAUGAUCAACCUGAAUGUGGAAAGCUUGCUGAUUUCAUUCCUCUAACUAAUUACAGGACUGAACGGAAGCAUGGUGUAUUUAGUGCACUGGAUGCAUGCACGUUUGUUUUGAAUGUAUACAAUGAUGGAAAUAUUCUGAGUAUUGUAACAGAUUGUUCUCCACAUGCAACCCACGUUGCUGGAAUUGCCGCAGCUUUCCAUCCCGAGGAACCCUUGCUAAAUGGAAUUGCGCCUGGAGCACAGUUGGUAUCAUGUAAAAUAGGUGAUUCUCGCUUAGGUUCAAUGGAAACUGGAACAGGAUUAACUAGGGCAGUGAUUGCAGCUGUUGAGCAUAAGUGUGACCUAAUAAACAUGAGCUAUGGGGAACCUACAUUGCUCCCAGAUUAUGGUCGCUUUGUUGACCUUGUCAAUGAGGUUGUCAAUAAGCACCGUAUAGUAUUUGUAAGCAGCGCUGGCAAUGAAGGACCAGCAUUGACUACUGUGGGUGCACCUGGGGGUACUACAUCAAGCGUUAUAGGAGUUGGUGCAUAUGUUUCCCCUGCUAUGGCUGCUGCGACUCACUUGUUGGCUCAGCCACCUUCUGAAGGCAUUGAAUACACUUGGUCCAGUAGAGGACCAACUGCUGAUGGAGAUAUUGGGGUCUCAAUAAGUGCUCCUGGGGGAGCUGUGGCUCCUGUUCCUACAUGGACCCUUCAACGACGCCAGUUGAUGAAUGGAACAUCCAUGUCAUCUCCUUCUGCUUGUGGUGCAGUUGCUCUACUUAUAAGUGGCAUGAAGGCUGAAGGCAUUUUUGUGAGCCCGUACAGUGUACGGAAGGCUCUAGAAAAUACAGCUACGCCUGUAGGAUCUUUGCCAGAAGAUAAGUUAACAUGCGGAGAAGGGCUUCUCCAAGUUGACAAGGCUUAUAAGUAUAUUCAGAAGUCAAAGCACUUCCCUUGUGUAUGGUAUCAAGUCAAGAUAAACCAGGCUGGGAAGUCAACCCCUACAUCUCGAGGUAUUUACCUGAGGGGGAUUAAUUCUUGUAACCAAUCAACUGAGUGGACAGUUGAGGUUCAACCAAAGUUUCAUGAUGAUGCAAGUAAUUUAGAGCAAUUGGUUCCAUUUGAAGAAUGCAUUCAGUUGCAUGCUACUGGAGACUCAGUGGUUAAAUCUCCCGAGUACCUCCUCCUCACCCAUAACGGACGCAGCUUCAAUGUAGUUGUCGACCCUACCUGUCUUCACGAUGGCUUGCAUUAUUACGAAAUAUAUGGGAUAGACUGCAAGGCCCCAUGGCGUGGUCCUCUUUUCAGAAUUCCAAUAACUUUAAUCAAGCCAACAGCAGUGCGAAUUCGGCCCCCUUUGAUUCCAUUUCAAGGGAUGUCAUUUUGUCCAGGACAUGUUGAACGGAAGUUUAUUGAUGUACCAAUUGGUGCUACUUGGGUCGAGGCCACCAUGAGAGCAUCAAGUUUUGAUACGGCUAGAAGAUUCUUUAUUGACAUGGUUCAGAUCUCUCCUUUGCAAAGGCCGCAGAAAUGGGAAAGUGUGGCUACUUUUUCUUCACCUUGUGCUAAAAGCUUUUUCUUCACAGUGGAGGGUGGUCACACAAUGGAAUUAACAAUAGCUCAGUUUUGGUCUAGUGGAAUAGGAAGCCGUGAGAUAACCAUCAUUGACUUUGAGAUUGUAUUUCAUGGCAUCAAUGUGAACAAAGAGGAAGUGUUUCUUGAGGGGAGUGAAGCACCGAUACGAAUUGAUGUUGAAGCUCCUAUAUCAACUGAGACACUUGCUCCUAGUGCAAUUCUUAACAAGAUUAGAACUGCAUAUCGUCCCAUUGAUGCUAAACUUCAUACCCUUUCAGAAGAUAGGGACAAAUUACCGUCAGGGAAACAGAUACUAGCAUUAAUAUUAACUUACAAAUUCAAAGUGGAAGAUAUGGUUGAAGUGAAGCCUCUGAUUCCAUUACUUAACAACCGCAUUUAUGAUAAUAAGUUUGAGUCUCAGUUUUACAUGAUAUCAGAUUCUAACAAGCGUGUUUAUACAAUGGGUGAUGUCUAUCCAAAAUCUUCAAAACUUCCUAAAGGUGAAUACAGUUUACAGCUUUAUUUGAGGCAUGAUAAUGUGCAGUACUUGGAGAAAAUGAAGCAGUUGGUGUUAUUCAUAGAAAGAACCUUGGAGGCCAAGGAUACCAUUCAACUUAACUUUUAUGGUCAACCUGAUGGUCCAGUGACGGGUGACAGUAAUUUCUCAUCUUCUGUGCUGAUUCCCGGGGUUAAGGAAGCAUUUUAUAUGGGUCCUCCUUCAAAGGACAAACUCCCAAAGAACUACUAUGAAGGAUCUGUAUUAGUUGGCACAGUGUCGUAUGCAAAGCUUAAUGAGGGGCGAGGUUCACCAACAAACCCUGUAUCUUAUCAAAUAUCUUAUAUGUUGCCUCCAACCAAGCUUAAUGAAAAGGAGGAAAGUUCUUUAACUAGCACCAAGAAUGUAUCAGAAAAACUAUAUGAGGAGGUCCGUGAUGCUAAAAUAAACGUUCUUGUUAGCUUAAACCAAAGCACUUUGGAGGAAUGUUCAGAAUGGAGAAAGUUAUCCCUUACUCUUAAGUCAGAAUACCCAAAAUAUACCCCAUUGCUUGCUAAAAUAUUGGAAAGCUUGCUUUCACGAAACAAUGUUGCAGACAAGAUCCAUCACUAUGAAGAGAUUAUUGCUGCAGCAGAUGAGGUUAUUGAAAGCAUUGAUAGGGAAGAGCUAGCUAAAUACAUAUCUGUCAAAAUCGAUGCUGAUGAUGAAGCUGCAGAAAAAAUGAAGAAGAAAAUGGAAACAAUCCGGGAUGAGUUGGCAGAAGCACUCUACCAGAAAGGAUUGGCUUUGGCAGAGAUCGAAUCAUUAAAGAAUGUCGGAGAUCCUGACAAGACGGAUGCCCAACCUGCAACAGCACCUCACGUUGAGUCAGACUUGUUUGAAAAGAACUUCAAAGAACUAAAGAAGUGGAUGGAUGUCACUUCAUCCCGAUAUGGAACACUUUCUGUUAUAUACGAGAGACGUUUAGGUAGACUGGGAACUGCAUUGAAGAUUUUGAAUGACAUGAUUCAAGAAGAUGGCGAUCCUCCAAAGAAGAAGUUUUAUGAUCUAAAGCUCUCGUUGCUCGAGCAAAUAAGAUGGUACCAUCUGGUGGCAUACGAGAAAGAGUGGAUGCUUGUUCGCUUCCCAUCUAGCUUACCCCCUUUUUAGGGUUCUUACUUCGAACAUGCAUUAUGGUGAUGGCUGGUUAAUGCAAUCAUUUAUGUCAAAGGAAAUACUCAUAAUGUCAUUUACCUUGUAUACACAGUGCCCUCGUUUCAAGGCUGAGUAAAUAAAAUACAAUAAUAAGGUUUGCAGCUACUCUGAUAUUUAGAAUAAUACAUCAAACAUCAUUAGAUUAUACUUCACCAAUGAGCUUUUAGCCUUCAGGAUUUUUUUUUAAAAAAAUCAUACAUUAUAAAUAAGAUGUAGUCAAUAAUUAAAAUAGAGUACAUGAAUAGUGUAUAAAUUGCUAUGUUACAACUAAUGUAUCUCGGUUGAAUCUUCUGCUGCAAUAGUUUUAUUCCAUAGUUUUUUUGUUUUU